AUGGCGUCCAGUCCUGCUCCAUGGCAGGAGCCUUCCUCUGCACUGAUGUUCAGUCCAGAUCUGGUGUCCAGUCCCGCUCCAUGGCAGGAGCCUUCCUUGACACCGAGGUCCAGUCCAGGCACAGUGUUCAGCCAGGAUCCAUGGCUGGAUCCACGAGAUGAGUGGGUUCUUCGGCCCGCACCAGAGCUGCCACCAAAGCUGGCGGAUCCACAAGCUGAGCGGGUUGUUUGUCCCUCACCAGAGCCACCCCUGAUGCAGCGGAUCCGCAGGAUGAGCGGUUUCUUUGUCCCGCACCAGAGCCGCCUCCGAUGCUGGCGGAUCCGCGGGAUGAGAGGCGUCUCUGGAAGACCCCCCCAGCCAGACCCUGGGUCCAGCCCCAAGGCGGGGGUCCAGACUGGGCCUGGUACAGGGGACCGCCUGGCAUCCAAGGGGGAGCAGCAGGGCCACGCCGCCCGUAAGAAUCUCCAGGUGGACGUGGGUAGUAGCAGGAUGGGACGUUCCCCGUCGGUGUCCCCCGCCAUCACCCCCACCUCCCCCUACUCUGUGCCCCAGAUCGCCCCCAUGCCCAGCAGCAAGCUGUGCCCCGUCUGUAAGACAGCUGACCUGACGGGCACCACGGAGGACAACCAGCCAAACUGCAGCACCUGCACCCAGUGCCGAUCCACGGUGUGCAACCAGUGUGGCUUCAACCCCAACCCGCACCUCACCGAGGUCCAGGAGUGGCUCUGUCUGAACUGCCAGAUGCAGAGAGCUUUGGGAAUGGACAUGGAGACACCUCGCUCCAAGAGCCAGCAGCAGAUCCACUCUCCGUCCCACCAAGCCAAACUAGAGCCCAUCUCUGAACCUCAAACUCAGCCCCCACCCCAGUCCCAGUCCCAAGCCCAACCUCAGCCCCAGUCCCAAGCCCCACCUCAGGCACAGCCUCUAACCCAGCACCAGGCUCUGACACAAGCCCAGCCCCCAUCAGGCCCUAACAGACAGACUGGUCCAGGCCCAGGCCAGACCCCUCAGCAGCAGAGAGGUCCAGGGGGUCCAGUUCCAGCCCAGGGCCAAGGUCAGGGUGGGGCUCGUCUCCCCCCAGGAGCCAUCCCUCUCCCAGGCAUGGCCAAAGCCCCGUCCCAGCCUGACCUCCGUGGCCUUCCCGCCCACCAGCCCCUGCCCCUCCGCCAGGACCACACCCGCAGCGCAGGGAGCUCCCCAUCCCGCCAGCCCCCGCCCCCGGCCGCCGCCCCCGAGCAGACCUUUGGAAAGCUGUUUGGAGGCUUUGGUGGCUUCGGUGCGUCCCUCCUCAACCAGGCCAGCACCCUCAUAUCAGUGGACCCGGUACCCACCCUGCCCCAGCAGCAGCAACAUCCCCCCAAACCUGCCCCUAAACCAGUCGGACCCCAAGAACCUGCAGCUGGGGCAGGGAAACCACCAGGACCCCAUCCAGGCCAACAGGGCCUCCAUGCACCCCAACAGGGAUCCCAUGCACCCCAACAGGGAUCCCAUGCACCCCAACAGGGCCUCCAUGCACCCCAACAGGGACCCCAUGCACCCCAACAGGGACCCCAUGCACCACAACAGGGACCCCAUGCACCACAACAGGGAUCCCAUGCACCCCAACAGGGACCCCAUGCACCCCAACAGGGCCUCUAUGCACCCCAACAGGGACCCCAUGCACCUCCCCAGCAGCAGCAGCAACAGCAGCAGGAUAAAGGUGCCUGCUGUCCCCUGUGUAAGACCAGUCUGAAUGUGGGCGUGACGGCUCAACCACCCAACUACAACACCUGUACCCAGUGCCACGCCCAGGUCUGCAACCUGUGUGGAUUCAACCCUGCACCGCACCUGGAAAAUAAAGAAUGGCUCUGCCUGAACUGCCAGACCCAGAGAGCUUUGUCUGGGGCCCUGGGAGAUGCUCCACUUCCUGUUCCUCAGCCAAUGGGAUCCCCACGGCACUCAGCUCCAGCCAAUCAACAACAGCCUCAGCAGAGAGGGCCCAAUCAGCAGGCAGGGUUACGGCCCACUGAUCCUCAUCAGCAACAAAAACCACUGGGUGCCCAAGUAAGUGGCCCUCCUUUCUCCCCUGCCAAACAGAGCAAGGGGCCUGCCCAACCCUCCCCUGCCAAGGUACAACCCUCCCCAGGUAAGAGUGCACACUCCCCUGCUAAAACAGCCCAGCCCUCCCCUGCCAAGGGUGCACCCUGCCCCACUAAAACAGCAUCCACCCCUGCUAAGGGCACACCCUCCCCUGCCAAACAGAUAGGACCCACUGCCCAGAGCAAGGGUCCUGCCCAGCCCUCCCCAGCCAAGGGUGCACUGUCCUCUGCUAAAACAGCAUACACCCCUAACAAGUGCACACCCUCCCCUGCCAAACAGACAGGACUCACUGCCCAGAGCAAGGGUUCUGCCCAGCCCUCCCCUGUUAAAGUUGCAUCCACCCCUACCAAGGGUGCACCCUCUCCUGCUAAGAGUGCACCCUCUCCUGCUAAGAGUGCACCAACUCAACCUAAACCCAACAAGCAGGCCGGUAAACAGCAGCAGGGCCUGGAUAAAACUAAAGUCGUCCCCAAAACUCAUAAGGAAAAUGAAGCCAAAGCCUCGCCCAGGAAGGGAGCACCUGAAGCCAUCACCACAUCAAAAGAUGAAAAGAAGAAACCCGUUGAAGAUUCACAGAAGUCAAAACACCAUGACGAUUCCAACAAGUCCAGCACACAGAGCCUCAGUGACACGGGAUACUCCUCAGAUGGGAUCUCCGGCUCCGUGGGUGAGAUCACAGGCCAUAUCCGUGAGGAUCCGGGGUUAAAGCUGAGUGAACGUAGCCUCUCCAGCCCCUCUGAGAUCACUAAGCUAGAGAGCUCCAUGCGGCCACUGCUAGAGUCCAAGUCCAAGACCGCUACAGACCAGGGCGAGGAGAACAACUCUGACGGGGAGGUGUCGGACGAUCUCAGCUCCAAGCUGCGCCACGACUAUGUGGAGGACAGCAGCGAGAGUGGUCUGUCCCCCUUACCGCCCAGGCAGAAGAAGUCCCAUAAAGAAAUGACAGAUGAGGAAUUCAUGAGGAGGCAGAUCAUGGAAAUGAGCGCUGACGAAGACGAGAUGGAGGAGGAGGAGGAGGAAGGGUACGGCUACCAGAAAACGAAAAACAAAAAGGAUUUGGGGAAGGAGAAACGACGGAGCCUCACCCACCAUUCCAGUAGUUUUGAGGAGGACACCAAGGUGGUAGAUGGCGAAGACAAUGAAGGUAUGAUGGCUUCCCAAGGAGGCCUGCGGCGGUUUAAGACCAUUGAGCUGAACAACUCAGAGCAUGACCUCAGAGAGCCAGAGCUGGAGAUGGAGAGUCUGACUGGAUCACCAGAGGAGCGGUCGAGGGGGGAGUAUUCAUCUACCCUCCCUGCCACAACUCCCAGUUACACAUCUGGCACGUCCCCUACCUCUGUGUCCUCCAUGGAGGAUGACAGUGACAGCAGCCCCAGCCGCAGGCAGAGACUGGAGGAAGCCAAGCAGCAGAGGAAGGCUCGCCACCGCUCCCACGGCCCACUCCUGCCCACCAUCGAGGACUCAUCCGAGGAAGACGAGCUGAGAGAGGAAGAGGAGCUUCUGAGAGAGCAGGAGAAGAUGAGAGAUCUGGACCUGCAGAGUAUCCGCAGUACAGCCAGGAAAACCAAGAGGGACAAAGAGGAGCUAAGGGCCCAGAGACGUAGAGAGAGAUCCAAGACUCCUCCCAGCAACCUCUCGCCCAUCGAGGAUGCAUCCCCGACAGAGGAGUUGAGACAGGCAGCAGAGAUGGAGGAGCUCCACAGAUCCUCCUGCUCCGAGUAUUCCCCUUCCAUGGACUCAGAGGCAGAGGGCUUUGAAAUGAUGGGCUCCAAGCUCUACAAGUCAGGAAGCCACCACAACCUACCCACCUUCAUGUCUCUCUACUCCCCCACUGAAAAACAUACUGCCACUUCACCGUUGGACAAGACACUGAAAAGUGCAGAGGAGGUGUAUGAAGAAAUGAUGAGGAAAGCAGAGAUGCAGCAGCAGCAGCAGAGACAGCCAGGAAGGCCAGGCCAACAACAAGGAAGUCCGCAAAGGCAACCGGCUGGGGCACCUCAGCCUAGCAGCAAACAACAUCUAGGCACUGGAGCACCUCUAACCCCUGGCUCCAGCCCCACACAAAUCUCUGCACCUGUUUCCUUCUCCUCAAACGAUCCACGUGGGGCUGGAAAAGGGGCCCCACCAGGAAUCAGUGUGACACAGCAUCUAUCGAAAGAAACCCAAGACCGGAUGAGGACGCAGACUGCCAAAAUAGGGGGUGUUAUCCCCCCAGUGGCUGGAAGACCAGGUCCUCAGGGACCAGCACAGGGGGCGCCUCCUCCUGACUCUGGAGCGCCCUCCAUCGCAUCCUCCCUCUUCUCCUAUUUCAAAGGCCCCAGUCCUCCUGUUUCCCCUUCCCCCUCUCCCUCACAGAGUCCAACUCAUUCCCUGUCCCUACGACCUACAGGGCCUGGGGUGUCCCCACAACAUUCUCAGCCUGGCGCUGGUGGUGCAACCUCCCCAGUACCACCGCAACAACAUGAUGCCCAGAUGUCUCGAAGAACAGCAUCGCCACGCCUUGCAAGACAACAGUCCUCCUCCGACUCACCAGUAAUGGGGAUAACGCUGGGCUCUAAGACCACCACCAGUCCUGCCAGGCCUCUGACUGUAAACUCCUCCACUUCUCCCCUGUCCUCGCCAACACAGGCUAUCCGUCAACCCAUGUAUCAGCAAUAUAUUCCUUCAACAAGCUCUCCAACGUCCCCACAAAUGCAUCUAUCGCAACAAUCCCCUCAACAUGGUUUACAGAGGCCCCAAAAUGCAGAGAAGGUUAAUAUUGGUAUAAGCAGGACAAUGACAACCACAGCUACCACAUACAGUCGUGGGUCAAUAUCAAUGGAAAAUAUCUCCCUAUGUAGGAUCUCCAAUGUCCCAGGUACCUCUAGGGUCGUAGAGCAGGGCCAAAUGGAAAUGCGUCCGACUGGACCUGCAUCUGUAGUGGACCUGAGAGCACCAAUGAAGGCCUCCCCAAUCAUCAUGACAGACCAGGGCAUGGAUCUAACAUCUCUGGCAACUGAUACAAGAAGGUAUUCCCUUGAUGCUGAACAACCCCCCAACCAUCACAAAUCGGUGCAGCCACUGAAUGCUGCCAUGAACCUGAAUGCACAAGAGCAGCCGCAUGUUUCGGCGUCCACUCCAACAACAGUCAGCAUCACCGUGGCAGCCUCCAUGUUUAUAUCACAGCCGAAGGGGCAUCCAGUGAUUUACGGAGAUCCCGUGCAGAACCGUAUGGAUCUGGGGCAAGGCGUUGGGUCAGCAAUGUGUCUAACACAAACUAAGCAGCAGCAGAAGCUCCUACAGCAACAACAGCUCCUCGAGCAGCAGCUUCAGCAGCACCAGCAGUCUUCCUUUGCUCGCUAUAACCUAGCGAACCAGGUCCAGCCGCUGUUGCUGAAGAAAGACCUGGUGGUUAGCCAGACGAGCAGUGGCAGUGCCCAGCCUGUGGUCAGUGUGAUUCCUAGAGUAUCUCCCAUGCCGCCCCAGCCAGCGUCUAUAGUUCUACCUCCCUCUAACAAUCAUCAUGACUAUGGUCAGAGUGGGCUUGCCUUGGAGUUGAAGAACAAGCCCACAGUUAUGAACCUGUCCACGGGAAAGCCCCAUGUCAUGAUGGUCCAACUGGAAGAUAGCAAUGCCUCUCAGAUGGCCACUGUGACUCAGCUGGUCAAAGAGCCUCCUCCUCCUCCCCAGGUCCUGGAUCUCACUGGUGGACAGAUACAGAAACCAGAGAACCAGGUGGCUUGUUGUGACGUUGUUUACAAGCUACCCUUUGCUGGUAGCUGUGCAGGCAGGCUUCAACCUUCCAUGUCUGACACCAACAUGUCUAAUACAGGUCUUCAGUACUAUCAGAGGACUAACCCUGGGGACCUGGCAGUGGAUCUGAGCACCAUGAAUCAGGCCUACGAAGGAGGAUAUCUCGGCAUGGGUGCGCAAUACGGAUCCUACACAGACUUACGUCAUCAAGGAGAUGUUGCAGGGCCUCCCUUGCCCCUGCGAAGGUACGGCUCCAUGUCCAACAUCAACCAAGACUACGGCUAUAGUCAGGCAGGUUUACCGGACGCAAACCUGGCACAGUAUAGUGCCACUACGGCCAGGGAGAUCAGCCGAAUGUGUGCAGCUCUGAACUCUAUGGACCAGUUCGGUCAACGGUACAGCAACCCUGAGAUGAUGCAGUAUGUUUCUGGAAGUGGAGCAGGGCCUGCAGCCAGGCUCAACCUACAGCAAAGCUUAGCAUCAAUCCGAGCCAACCUACUCUAUGGCCCUGAUGGGAGGCCCACUGCACACGGCCAAGCCCUAACCAAUCUGAUCAAUGCUAGACAAGCAAGCAUACGGGCCUUAUAUCCAUCUGCAAUGAGAGGAGCUGACGGUAUGACAUAUUCCACCAUCAACACCCCAAUAGCCUCUACCUUGCCAAUAACCACCCAGCCCUCCUCUGUUCUGCAACCCAUGCCACAAGGAAUAUACCAACCUUACCCUGCAGGCGUGACCGCUGUACCACUGGCGAGCCUCACCAGGUUGCCUCAUAUGACCCCAAAGAUGCCUCUGUCCACACAGGGACAUUACGGUUACCCUCCUCCCAACCAGUUCCCUACAACGGCUGGUGUUCCUGGAAGUGUACCUGCCACGAGCACCUCCACCAAGGAAGCUCCUGUCUACCUUGGGAAGCCUUCUGCAGCCGUCUCUUCCCAGCCUAUAACUCAGCCUGAUCCACAGGCUCUAGUGCAGCCCCAUCUGCAGACCACUCGCCAGAUUACUUCUACUGCAGCAGCCAGCACCACCAUCGCCACUUCGGUCGACCCAGAGCUGGAAAAGGUAGAGGAACGUUUGAGACAGCAACAGGAGCAGAUGCUGCAGAUGGAGCGAGAGCGUGUGGAGCUGGAGAAACUUCGGCAGAUGCGCCUGCAUGAGGAACUGGAGCGAGACCGCAUGGAGCUCCAGAGACACAGGGAGAAAGAACAAAUGCUGGUGCAGCGCGAGAUUCAGGAGCUGCAGACCAUCAAACAGCAUGUCCUGCAUCAGCAACAAUCAGAGAGGGAGACACAGCUGGUCAUGCAGAGGGAACAGCUAGCCCAGCAGAGGAUGCAACUGGACCAGAUCCAGUCGCUGCAGCAGCAGCUCCAGCAGCAGUUGGAGGAGCAGAAGAGGCAGAAGACAGCAGUAGUGGAGGCAUCGGCUGCAGCUGAGGCAGCCGCUGCAUCCGCAGCAGCAUCUGCUCUAGCCACUUCCACUCAAGGUGCCAUACAAGGGGUAGUAGUCGGAGGAAUAUCCCCUCAAGGUGCCAUACAAGGGGUAGUAGUUGGAGGAGGAACCCCUCAAGGUGCCAUACAAGGGGUAGUAGUCGGAGGAGGAGGAGGAACUCCUCAAGGUUUCAUCAUCUGUGACCAGAGUGGUAGGGUGAUUCAACAGGACGGCCAAAGUGUACAGUUCUGGCAACCCCACAUGGAAGGGCAGGUGGUCCAAGCAGUGAUGACCCCAAGGCCCAUACCAAGCUCUGCCUCUGAGAUGUCCUUGAGAAACAGUGAGAAUCAGUUGGGGUCCAGGAUCAUGAAGAAGCAAAACUCUAUGCCUCGUCUUAGGGAUGGAUCGGAGGAGGAGCUGGUGAGGAGGAUUGCGGAUAGCUGCGUGCAGACGGACGAUGAAGAGGGUGAGGACAGGUACAUGAACCGCAGGGGCAGGAGAACCAGGCGGAUCGCCGACUGCAGCGUACAGACAGACGACGAGGAUCAGGCAGCUUGGGAGCAACCGGUUAGGCGCAGGAGAUCGCGCUUAUCCAAACAUUCAGACUCUAGCGGCGAGGUCAAAUCCGAUGGAACCGCCAAAGUGUCCUCCUCCAGCAUAGCCAUUCAGACCACCAACGACUCCUCAUGCCAGACUGAGGCCGACCAGUUGAGCAGGAUCUCACCUGCAAUCCACAUCACUGCGGCUGAGACAAAUAAGGUGGAGCUGCUUCACUACAUCUCUGCCCCAGAGAGGACCCAUAAGGGUGAGAGCUUGGCCUGUCAGACAGAACCGGAGGCCCAGUCUCAGGGGGUGGUGGCCCCUCAGCUCAGCGUCCUCACCACCAUCAGCCCAUAUUCCACCUCUAUGCAGAUGGUGGGCUCCACCCCAUCUCCUCCCCAAGGGGUGGCUAAGUUCGAAAGGAGGAAACCCGACCCUCUGGAAAUCAACUACCAAAGCCAGCAGCAGAACGAGUCCCCGUCUCGCCAGCCUCCCAAGUCUCCCCAGGUGCUGUACUCCCCUGUGUCCCCGCUGUCACCCCAUCGGAUGCUGGAAACCACCUUCGCCUCCCAGGAGAAGCUCAACAAGGCGCACGUCACGCCCCAGCAGAAAGCCUUCACUGCAGAGUCUCCUCAGCGUCACCAGAGCCUCCCCAGACCUAUCAAGAGUGUGCAGCGCUCCAUGUCGGACCCCAAACCCCUCAGCCCCACCUCAGAAGACCCUGCCAAGAACAGGUUCUCCCCUUACCAUCAGCAGGCCCUCUCCAACAGUCAGGUAUGCAUCCUGCAGCAGAACUCUCUGAUGAGAAAGGUGAAGAGGACCCUACCCAGCCCGCCUCCAGAGGAGAGCCCUCUCCCCAUCGUCACCCCAGCCAUGUCCCACAUGUACAGCAGCUCUCUGGGGAUGCAACCCCAGCGGGUGCUGCCCAGGCCUGCCCAGGGGGUCACCAAGGCCGGCCUGCUGAGCGAGCUGAAGGCCGUGGAGCAAGAGUCCACCAAGCUCCGCAAGCAGCAGCAGGAGCUAGAGGAGGAGGAGAAGGAGAUUGACGCCAAGCUGCGGUACCUGGAACUGGGCAUCCAUCAGCGCAAGGAGACCCUGGUGAAGGAGAGGGAGAGGAGAGAGCUGGCCUACAUGCGCUGCAUGGGCGACGCCCGCGACUACAUGUCAGACACCGAGCUCAAUAACCUGAGGAUUGUGGCGGCCACGGGAACGUUCGACGGUAAUGGUCUGCUGACGAGGCCCAGCACGGCGCCGCUGAGCCAGUUCCCCAACGACCUCGGCCCAGCCUCCCAGUACCCGCCCACCUCCUCCUACAUGGCCUAUCAGUACCCACAGAGCCAGCCCACGCCCACACAGCAGCCAACCGCUGCUUACCAACAGAUCGGUUUCCAGCCCCCUCAAUACCCUACAGCCUCCCAGCCCCAGCCAGGCACCUUCCAGCCCCACCCACCCCAAGGCUCAGGCUACCAGACCCAGCCAAUCUACCCAGCCCAUGGGGGCUACGGCCAGCCUUCCUACCCGACAGACCUGGGCAUGCAGCAGCAUGGCCACCAGGGUUUCCAGCCUCCCAACCCCUCUAUCCUGGGCCAGAACCUCCCCUACCCAGGCCAGAGCCCAUAUUCUGGCCAGGGCAUGUCCUUCCAGCCGCAGGCUGAGAUCCUCACGGUCCACCAGAGGCCUCAUCAGACCUCCCUGGCCGACUUGGAACAGAAGUUGCCCACCAACUACGAGGUGAUCAGUAACCCUGCCGUGUCGGUGGCCACAUCAGCUCCAGACACCGGCUUUGGCUCAGUCUAUGCCUCUAACACCAUGCCCAAUGCCUAUGGGCAGUACCGCCCCCCGGAGCCAGUCCUGACCCACGGUGUGGACAGCCCCACGCCGGCCUACGCUGCAGAUGGCCUCUACACCGCAAACCUGGAGCAGAACAUCCCCAGGAACUACGUCAUGAUCGACGACAUCAGCGAGCUGACCAAAGAGAACACAGGCUCGUCUGUUGACGUUCUGGGACAUCCUGUUGCAGGACGCUAUGGUGAGAAUGGCCCUGCGCGCCAAACUGGCUAUGGCAAUGAGCCUGUGGACCCGUACACGUCUGCAGGCACCACAGGCUACCACCAGAAGGGCUCUGUGGAUCCCCGGACCAGCACCACUGUAGGCGGUGGGGGAUCUUCUUAUUACUAUGACGACUAUAAUAAACACCUCAGCACACCACGCCCAGGGGGCCCGGGGACCCAGAAACACCCAUUCAAGAACCUGGCUCCCGCCGUUGUCUCCUCCGGUAAGCGCAGCAAGCACAGAAAGCAGGGCAUGGAGCAGAAAAUCUCCAAGUUCUCCCCCAUUGAGGAGGCACGGGACGUGGAGUCCGACCUGGCCUCUUACACCAUGACCAACUCCACCGGCGGCAGCUGUACUGUGGUGUCUCGGUCUGGGGUGAAGAAGAGCGGCAACGACCAGCGGAAGUACUUUGGUGGCCACCCGGGAAGCCGGGAAGCCCUGGAAGAGGAGGACCGGAUGUACGGCUCGGGGAGGUCCCGGUCUACUGGCUACGGCAUAGACAAGAUCUCCUCCAGGGACUCCUCCAGGAGCAAGUCUUACGAGAGGGAAGCCAUGGAGCGGUCUCAGAGAGGCGGUGGUGGACGGCCCGGACUGCGCAUCCAUAACUCAGAGGAGGAGAGCCCCCUCAGCCCCGUGGGGAAGCCUGUAGGGGUCGGACGAGGUGGCACAGGGGUACCAGUGGACCCCCAUGACGUGAGGAACCAGUACGGCUCCAGCCACUCCCUGCCGGAUGUCCAGGACCACCACAUGAAGGACCUGCCCAGGAGCCACGUGUACAAGCCAGAUGACCCGUAUCUCGUAGACGAUCAGCACGCUGCUGUGUCGGACAGUGAAGCCUAUCAUCUGGGUCAGGAGGAGACGGACUGGUUUGAGAAGCCAAGGGAGGCUCGCUCCAACCGCUCCAGACACCAUGGGAGCGCAGGGCACAUCUCCACUGGUAGACAACAGACCGGCGCCAACGUGAAGCACACCUACCAUGACUAUGAUGAGCCUCCCGAAGAGCAGGACCUGUGGCCUCAGGACGAGUACAACAACCAACCUCGCCACCCCUCGUCUACCUCAUCAUCCCGCGACCACCGUGGUCACCAUGCCAGCAGCUGCGGUAGCUCGGGGAGGCACUCCUCUUCCCGCCACUCCGGUGAGGAGCCUCGGACGUCCAGCCGCUCCUCCAGAACACACCCCAAAGACCAAUCCGCCCGCUCUGAGGGCCGUGGAUCCUCCUCCACCCAGAAGAGGGGAGGCUCGGAACCCCGCUCCUCCCGGGAUGGCUACCGGGACCGGGACUCUGGAGACUACUCCUCUCGUGACCCGGCCUCUGGCCACCACCGUGAGGGCACCAGUGGCAGGGGUCAGAAGCCGCCAGGCUCUUCCUCCAGGAGACAGGAAGGGGUUCCUUCUGCAGGGGCCAAGCAGGGUCUGGGGCAACAGCCCCAGGGGGGUCCAGGCGGGCAGCAGCAACAGCCCCAGGGGGGUCCAGGCGGGCAGCAGCAACAGCCCCAGGGGGGUCCAGGCGGGCAGCAGCAACAGCCCCAGGGGGUUCCAGGCGGGCAGCAGCAACAGCCCCUGUCAGGCAGACAGCCUGGGUCCCAGGGACCAGACGGGGGCAAACCAGCCCAGCAGCCUGGCCAGCAGCAGCAACGUACCCAGCAGCAGCAGCUUCCACAGCAGAGCCAGCCUUCCCAGACCAUAGCCGGGGGCCCUCAGGCCACUCCAGUCACUGCAGGGCCAGGACCCAUGGCAGGACCCAUGGCAGUACCAGGGCCGGCACAACAGCAGGCUAAACCUGGCCAGACACCGGCACAAGGCCGGCAGCCAGCCGGACCUACCGCAGGCCAGCCAACAACCACAGCUGUGACUGGACAGUAA